UGGGAUAACCUAAAAAGGAAAAUAGGACAGAUAAAAUGAUACAGAGGGAGUAGUAAUCAAUGAUUAAUGAAGGAAUUGCCCUAAAUAGGAUCAAAACAUAGUCAAAAUUCCUAAAUAGGACAUUAAGUUUAUUAUUCCCUAAAUAGGACUUCAAUUGCCGUUAAGGACAUUAAGUUUAUUACAUUUUUGCCCUUCAUAUGUUAAACCUAAUCGACCGACUCCUCUCCCAAUCAAUUGCCGUUAAUCUCCAACUUCUCUCCUGGUCAUAGAGGGGCUGGUCAUGAAGAGUUGGUUCCCAAAGGUUUUCGCUUCCCAGGCAGGAGUUAUCAGCUGAUAAAGUGGAAUAAACCUAAAAGAGGUUUAAAGUUAAAUACGGAUGCAUCCUUUGUUGUGAAUCAAGUGACCGGAGGCGCGAUUAUGCGAUCUAUCAGGGGGAGAUGAUCUUCGGUCUUCAUUUUCCGGUGGAUGCUUCAUCAUCGAUGGAAGCUGAGUUGAAAUCAAUCCUCUUUGCAACUGGUUGGGCGAUUCGUGAAGGUUAUGACAACUUCCAGGUGGAAUCUGACUCCAAGACUGCUCUAUCAACAUUGUUGGAUGCUGAUACUCGUCGAUGGAAAGCGGAGAUUCAGGAAAUUAUGCGCCAUCUUAGAUAAUAAGAUCAAAAAGUCUAGUUGUACACACUUACCCACAUUAUAGACACUAUAUAACCCUCUUGUUUUACCUUUCACUUUUACCACUCUUCUCUCCCUCCCCUUCUCGUACGAUCCUCUGCCCCAUUCUUCUCCCCUCCCCAUUCUCCUCCUCUCCAGCUUGUUUUUUUCUUCUUCUGAAACUUAUGAAACUCCCGUCCCCCAAACCCAUAUUUUUAUAGAAACCCUUUCACCCCCCAGUUUCUUUAUCAUUUGUUUUUCCGUUUUUCGACCCAGAGACUGAAACCCUAUUUUUGCCGCUAUCACGAACGAAAAUCUAUGACCGUUCAACCACCGCCUAAGAGCAGGUUAAACGACCCAUGUUUAUACCUAUUCUUGACGAACUCAACCAUGACAACCGACGAAGCCAAUUCUUCCGGCAACCGAACGACCGAACCGAUGCGGAGGAAGAUCAAUGAUCCUUCCUCUCCGUAUUACCUAUCAAGCUCCGAUUUCCCCGGAAUGAACAUUUGCGGAGUUACCCUCAAAGGUGAAAGUAACUAUCGGGAGUGGACGACGGCAAUGAGAAAUGCAUUUCGUGCGAAACGAAAGGUUGGUUUUCUGGAUGGCACGAUUAAACGCCCAGAAGACAAUAUACAAGACUCAGAAGAUUGGGAUACUGUGAAUUCUAUGCUCGUAGGAUGGAUGAUGACCGCAGUUGAGCCCGGUCUGCGUACAAAUCUCACCUACAUGGAGAGUGCACGUGACUUUUGGGAGGAUCUAAAAUCACGCUUUGCAGUUGGGGAUCCAAUGAGGAUUCAUGAACUCAAGGAAUCAAUUCGACUGUGCCGGCAAGACGGACAGACCAUUGCGAUGUAUUUUGGACGCCUUAAGGCGUUAUGGGACGAUUAUGAAGGCUACCGUAUCAUGCCGCAGUGCAAGUGUGAUGGGUGCACGUGUGACUUGAACAAGAUCUACUUGAAACAGAUAGAACGAGAAAAAACCCAUGAAUUUCUUAUGGGUCUUGAUCGUGAGCCAUUUGGAGCAUUGCGUUCGAAUUUACUUAGCCAGGAUGCAUUGCCAGGUUUGACGAAGGUGUACAAUAUUAUGGUACAGGAGGAAAGGCUUCGGAACAUGACUUGUCAGCCUCAGGAGAAGGUUGAUGUAGUUGCCUUUGCAACUAGGACUGGUACGUCUUCGGCAACACGUGAUGACAAGAUUAUUUGCACAUUUUGCAAGAAACCAGGGCAUGGAAUCGAAAAUUGUUUCAAAAGAACCGGAAAUUAUCCGGAAUGGUGGUACGACAAUCCUGGAAAAGGGAAAGGUGCUCGAGGCCGAGGUGGUGCCGGCAGAGGCCGUGGCAGAGGGGUGGCCAAUGCUGUGCAUACUGAGGGAGGAGAUGAAGUCUACGUACUUCCGCCAGGCAAUGCUACCGUAGGUCAAGCACCUACCUUCUCUACUGACCAGUGGACGAAGCUGCUUCAGCUUAUGGAGCAAUGUAAGACAGCCCCUCAUGACAAGGCAUCAGGACUUACUUUCGAGGACGCCGAUUGGAGCGGGUGAGAGACGUGGUGGAGUGUACUACUUUCAUAGUUUGGAUCCAAUUCGUUCUUGCUCUAUAAAAGGGAAGGUCACAGGUGAAUUAUGGCAUUCCCGGUUAGGACAUCCAUCCGUGAAGAUUUUACGUUCAGCUCUUAGUUUGAAUAAUUCAAUAUUGACAGUUGAUUUGAAUAAAAAUUGCGACGCAUGCAUGCGUGGUAAAAAGACUCGUGAUGUUUUUCAUAUUAGUGAUUCCAGAGCUUUUGAGUUAUUUGAAUUGAUUCAUUGUGAUGUGUGGG